AUGUCGGAGCGAGCGGCAAGUCGGGGAGAGAGACGAGGAGAGAAACAAGGCCAGAGGCAAGGCCAGGCGAGAGCUUUGUCGGAGCGAGAGACAAGGUCACAGACAAGACAUGGGAAGGCGACGCGAGAGGCGAGGCGAGAAAUGAGGCCAGAGACAAGGCAAGACGAGAGGUACAGCAAGGUGGUGGUGGCGUCCAGCAUCAGCGCGCAGAAGUACAACCCGGAGCUGGCGUGGUCGCAGCGCACGCCCGACCCGCGCAUCGCGCAGCUCAGCGACAAGCUGCGCCACAUCCGACAGGUGGUGCUGUCGCAGCUGACGCUGGCGCCUGAGGCGUACUCGUACCUGCGGCGGGAUGAGGGCUCGGGCAGCGGCGGCGGGGAGCACUGGCAGAGCGAGGACGACGACGACGAGUGGGUGGACCAAGGCUCGGGCUCCGGCGUGGCGCCGCCGCCAGGUCGUGUUUCUCCUCCGUGA